GAAUAAUCCACAUCUAGGGCAAGCAGGCUGAGAGGCGAUCCAGUGCUCAGCUCCUCUCUGCAGGCUGAGAGAAGAGACAGAGAGAGAGAAAGACAACGAUUUUCAACGCAGGAGGAAAAGCGUGAGAUUUUGACGGACCGGGGAAGAUACCAAGAACAGGAGAAGAUUUUCGUCCGAGGAUAUUAUUUAUUUAUACAUAUUGUUUAUAUAUCUAUAUAUAUAUUUGUACACACACAUAUAGAUAUUUCUAUAUAUACAUUUAUCCCUGUACAUAACUGUAUUAGUGCUCGUCUGUUUAUAUUCAUAUUUUUAUAUGUAUUUGUGUGUGUAAAUAUAUAUGAUAUAUAAGCAAAAGAAUAUAUAUAUAUAUAUCUAUGAAUUUAUAUGCGUAUCACUGUGAACCAAGAGAAGCAAGAGGAAAUUUCUACCAUCGGGGCUGGUCUCUGAUUGUGUGGUCGUAUACAAUAUUUUGAAUUUUUCCUUUUGAUCUUCUACGUCAAGAGGACAAAGACUACGUGCCCAUUUUGUAUUUUUGUUUUCCCGUUGCCGCUUCUCCUCUCUCUUGAUCCUUUUUUUUUUCUUCUUUUUUCUUUUUCUACAUCCGAAAGGAAUAAAGCGGAGAGAGUGGCAAGGAUUUGACAAAAACGAAAAAAAUCUCUAAAAAUUCCUGCGAUCGGCGUUAUUUCCGUCGGCAUUAGCGCUCCGUGAGCCGAUCACAGCGUGUACUGUGAGAUCUGAGGAGGCAGCAGAGACAGAGUGCCACGCCGCUCAGCUCAGCUUCGGUCCAGCCAGCGCAGCCGGCAUGCACAAACACCACCACUGCUGCAAGUGCCCCGAGUGCUACGAGGUGACCCGUAUGGCUGCCCUGCGCAGGAUGGACGCCCCGUCGUACGGAGGAGACUGGCAGGCCGAGCCCUAUGGAUACCCGCCGGGGUACGGGGGAGGCCAGACCUUACCCCCUCCGGCCUCGGGGGGAGGUGGAAGCAUGGGAGGAGGAGGAGGAGGAGGAGGUGGAGGUGGUGGUGGAGGCAGCGGUGGAGGAGGAGGAGGAGGAGGAGGAGGGGGCACUUUGGGGAGAAGUAAGGGCAAGAGUAUGGCUGGUGGGGGCCCUGGAGGCCCCAACCCGAAGGGCCAUUCCAAGUGUGGCCCCAAAGUCAACGGCAACUCCAGUGGACAAGGAGGAUGGUGGCCCGAGUGCACCUGCACCAACCGGGAGUGGUACGACCAGGCCAACCCUCCCCCCAUCAUCGUCAACGCGGACUCAAUAGAUGCGGGCCCUUAUGUAAAUGGCAGUGAUGGGAUGUACAAAUAUGAAGAGAUCAUUUUGGAGCGGGGGAACUCUGGCCUGGGCUUCAGCAUUGCUGGAGGAAUAGACAAUCCCCACAUUCCCGACGACCCGGGGAUCUUCAUCACCAAGAUAAUUCCCGGUGGAGCGGCUGCUAUGGACGGAAGGCUCGGCGUGAACGACUGCGUGCUGCGGGUGAACGAAGUGGACGUGUCCGAGGUGGUUCACAGUCGGGCGGUGGAGGCCCUGAAGGAGGCGGGGCCAGUGGUGCGGCUGCUGGUCCGACGGAGGCAGGCGCCACCCGAGACGAUCCUGGAGGUCAACCUGCUGAAAGGGCCCAAAGGCCUUGGAUUCAGCAUUGCUGGAGGGAUCGGCAACCAACACAUCCCAGGAGACAACAGCAUCUAUAUUACCAAGAUCAUAGAGGGAGGAGCCGCCCAGAAAGAUGGACGGCUGCAGACCGGAGACCGCCUGCUCGCUGUGAACAACAUCGUGCUGCAGGACGUGCGUCAUGAGGAGGCGGUGGCUGCGCUGAAGAACACCUCUGACAUGGUUUACCUCAAGGUGGCCAAGCCGGGACCUGUGCACCUCAAUGACAUGUACGCCCCUCCAGACUACUCCAGCAGCCUGGCCCUCCCUCCAGCCUUUCCCACCAUGGUGGACAACCACGUCGGCCACAACUACAUGGGGGCGAUGGAGCCCAAGCCAGUGUACCCGCCGCCCCAGGUCACCCCGUCCAGGUACUCGCCAGUUCCCCGUCACAUGCUGGGGGAGGAAGACUUCACAAGGGAGCCGAGGAAGGUGUUGCUGCACAAGGGCUCCACAGGCCUGGGCUUCAACAUCGUCGGCGGCGAGGAUGGAGAGGGCAUCUUCGUCUCCUUCAUCCUGGCAGGAGGUCCGGCUGACCUGAGCGGCGAGCUGAGGAGGGGCGACCGGAUCCUCUCGGUGAAUGGAGUGAACCUAAGGAAUGCCACACAUGAGCAGGCGGCUGCAGCACUGAAGAGAGCUGGACAGACUGUCACCAUCAUAGCUCAGUACAGGCCUGAAGAGUACAGUCGCUUUGAGUCCAAGAUCCACGACCUGAGGGAGCAGAUGAUGAACAGCAGCAUGAGCUCAGGAUCAGGCUCCCUGCGCACCAGUGAGAAACGCUCCCUCUAUGUCAGAGCUUUGUUUGACUAUGAUCGAACGAGGGACAGCUGCCUGCCAAGCCAAGGCCUGAGCUUCUCCUACGGCGAUAUCCUCCAUGUCAUAAACGCUUCUGACGACGAGUGGUGGCAGGCGCGUCUGGUCACGCCGCACGGAGAGAGCGAGCAGAUUGGGGUCAUCCCGAGCAAGAAAAGGGUGGAGAAGAAAGAGCGGGCCAGGUUAAAAACAGUCAAGUUCCACGCCAGGACGGGCAUGAUUGAGUCCAAUAGAACAGUCAAGGUUAAGCGCAAAAAAAGCUUCAACCUCUCACGCAAGUUCCCGUUUUACAAGAGCAAGGAGAAUAUUGUGCAGGAGUUGGGAGAUUCUGAACAAUGCCUGACAUCCAACACAAGUGACAGUGAAAGCAGUUCGAAGGGUCAAGAGGACACAAUACUUUCCUAUGAGCCCGUCAUUCGACAGGAAAUCCACUACACGCGGCCUGUGAUCAUACUGGGCCCAAUGAAGGACCGAGUAAACGAUGACCUCAUCUCCGAGUUUCCCCACAAGUUCGGCUCCUGCGUACCUCAUACGACUCGUCCGAGGCGAGAGAACGAGAUGGACGGCCAGGACUACCACUUCGUGGGCUCGCGAGAGCAGAUGGAGAAGGACAUUCAGGAUAACAAGUUCAUCGAGGCGGGCCAGUUCAACGAGAACCUCUAUGGGACGAGCAUCUUGUCGGUCAGAACUGUGGCGGAGCGGCAGGGGAAGCACUGCAUUCUGGACGUGUCGGGGAACGCCAUUAAACGACUGCAGCAAGCACAACUUUAUCCGAUCGCCAUCUUUAUUAAACCAAAAUCCAUUGAAGCCCUAAUGGAAAUGAAUAAGAGGCAGACGUACGAGCAGGCCAAUAAAGUCUUUGACAAGGCGGUGAAGCUGGAGCAGGACUUUGGAGAGUAUUUCACAGCUAUUGUACAGGGUGACUCACUAGAGGAGAUCUACAACAAAAUCAAGCUAAUCAUCGAGGAGCAGUCCGGCCCCUACAUCUGGAUCCCGUCCUCAGAGAAGCUUUGAGCUCCCUGCCGUCCCCUCUGCAUCGGCGCAGAGCUCCCCUCCUGCCUCCCAGAGACCCCACCUAAGCCCAAAUACCCCCCCUCCCUCGUCCCCUUGCCCCCUCCCCUGCCUCCUCCUCACUUCCUUUUUGCAGAUAUGUUUCAUAUCAAGUUUUAGUGUCAUCAUUAUGUUACUCUCUAAAUGAAAAAGAAGUCUUAUCACCAUUACUGUGACUGUGCACACCCCCCUGCAUGAGUUUCUCAACAAAUCCAUUCAAGACUGGAAAUGCCAUUCCAAAGGAAUUUGUCAAACGAAAACGAAAGGGAAGAAAUCCUUUUGUGAACUGGGACUGCCUGAAGAUCAGAAUGUUACAGGAAUCUGGAAAGAGGAGUUGGGCUUCAAAAAAAAAAAAAGAAGUAGCAGGGAAACGGAGACAAAUCGGACCAAGUUGGAACACUUUGUAAAUGUUCAUCAAAAUCACAUUUAAAAAAGACGUGCCAGAUGAGAAGUGAAGACCAAUUAAGGUUUGUCUUUUCUUUUUCUAAAGAGACUGGAUAAAAUCGAGCCCUGCUGAUGGUAUUGUUGGAGGAGGUCGUCUCUCUUGUUUAUAAAGACUGAGGAAAUUAGUGGGGCCUACAAACUGGCGAUCUAUUUAUCACGAACCAGCUUGCUGUUUGGUCGUCUGCCAGUUGUCUGUGCUGCAGCUGAUAAAGACAUCUCGGGAGGCAGGUCAAGAGGAAGAACCGCGUUGUGAAUCUCUGCAUUUAUAUUAUGAAAUCACAAGAUAAAUUAUAAAAUCCCACUGAGAUUUUACUACAUAUUAAAAACUACACAUUUUACACUUCACUAGAAUUGUCAAUUUGGAGGGCUGUGAGAUUUUCUUUCUUUCUUUUUUUUUUUCUUCUUUCUUUGUGGGAUUAUUUGCUUGUGGUUUUUAGCUGCUCUGUGUAAAGGAUGGAGGUAGAGAUGUGUAACUGGGCUCUCUGCAAAACACCAAACUGCCUUACAUCAAAUACAAAUUCUGUUUCGUGGCUACCUGUUGUGUGUGAGGGAGGCUGCUCGCGGUCCACGCCGAAAAGAGAGGAAAACUUCUCAUCUUUUCUUACUUUUACUUCUGUGUCCUCCAACUGCCAGGAGGCCCGACUCAAGUGCAAUAGUUGAAACAAAGUCUCACCUCUGCAAUAGAUUAAAUAAAAUCCCACCUGUGGGCGCUUUUUUUUUUCUCCCCAGUGCUUUCCUUCCUAUUUAAUGAUUUUUAAUUGGCCAUUGGAUUAGAAUUUGGACAGCCAGAGCCUCCGAACUCAUGUUGAGCAGCAGACCACCCGAUUACACUCUCUGCCUUCCUAGAGGAGUCUCUCUUCUGGUUGAAUGGUCACAUGGUACUGUCCUAUCUGCCGCCAUGACGGCGGCCUUAAAACGGGUAGAACAAGACAAUAAUUGUAUUGGAUGUCCUAACAAUUAAAGAGUAAAUUGAACCUGUU